CAAUGAACCCGUGUGUGGCAGUAUUCACGGUGGUCUCUGGUUUUGAGGAAUUCGACGUAAACAAGUUAGAAAUCCACAGAAUAUCGGUUUACUUUGACAGUUUCAACUAUUUAAUGGCGAUAGAAAGAUAGAAAAUCUAUCUGUGUGUAAUUUGUGCUAUUGGACGUUGUCUUUUAAAGUCGGGGCGAUGAAUAUUCUUACUAUUGAGGAAAAAACUCUUUAGCAUCCAGAUCAAUUUGAGAAACAAAAAUCAUGACAGAAAACUCAAGAUUAACAAGUACGCCCCCAGCGGAUGCGAAUGUUAAAGAUAGUAUUAUCAAGACAGGCUAUCUCCUCAAGUACAAGACUAUGAAAAGAAAAUUUUUUGUGCUACGGUGUAGUCCAACAGGGAUACCAACCUUAGAAUAUUACGACUCGGAAAAGAAAUUCCUGAACGGAGCUACCUCAAAACGAGCAAUACAAUUAAACUGUUGCUUUAACAUCAACAAGAAAAAUGAUACAAAACAUAAGUAUGUGAUAGCGCUGUACACUCGAAAUGACUGCUUUUGUAUGGUUCUGGAAAACGAGCAAAUGCAAGAAGAAUGGCUUGAGGCUCUGAUAAUGCAACAACCUAAUCGAGAAAAUAACAAAAGCGUUCCAGCGUUUGAGCAUAUUUGGCAGGUAAGAUUAAACCCAAAGAAAGGCAUUGGUUCGAGUCAAAAUCGUAGUGGGAACUACCAACUCUGUCUGACGAGGAAGACUGUUCAUUUAGUGAAGAUGCUCAGCGACGGAGAUGGCGACUUAGAAUUCCCUUUGUCGACAAUUCGGCGAUGUGGUCACUCGGACUGUUUCUUCUUCAUGGAAGUUGGUCGUCAGGCACCGACUGGAUCUGGAGAGCUGUGGAUGCAGGUUGAUGACACAGUAAUAGCUCAGAAUAUUCAUGAAGCUACAUUGAAUGCCAUGCAAUCCAUUAAUCAGCUAGAAGAGAUGCGACCACGUAGCCAUAGCAACAACUCAAACGACAAUAAACCUCAUAGGAGGACAACACCCGGUUUAAUCCCCUCUAGAAGAAACCGAUGCGACAGCAUGCCUGCACAUUUAUCCCAACCCCAUAUUAAUAGCGACCGUGAAGAGGCACCUGUUCGGGAUGAGCAUGUCCCGCACAGUCCAGCAAGCACUGCAUUCAGGUCACGGACAAGAAGUGAAGGCGAGGGCCAUUUUAGAACUCGCUGGGGAAAACUAAGUCUCAUGAAAAUCAGCAGUAAAGUUCGCCCAAGGACGGCCAGCGAAGGAGAAUUCCACUACCGUGGAGGUCGCACGCCGGACAGUCCAUCAAGAAAUCGUCAAAAAUUUCCUCCGGCACGUUCAAAUUCAAAUGUAUUUCGCCCACCAAAUAUGUUUCCCAAGUCGGUGAUUAAAUCCAAUUCUGAUUCACCACCAAUUCCUAAUAGUCCUCUCAGUGAAAGUCCUCAAAGUUUUUUGGACUCGGAGCGUUACACAUCAAUCAUGUGUCAUUCCCCGGAUGGUAGUAUGGAUGAAUACAGCUCCAGUCCGUUGGAUUCCCUACACAGGUACGGGCGUACCCCCGAAUCACCCACGCCAACACCAAUCAGAGAAGAGAGUUUUGAAAGCGAUGAAUACAUCAACAUGUCACCUUCUGCUUCAUCUCAAGCCAUGCCUGUGCCUAGGUCAUCUGUUGGUAUUGAUAAAGGUAUUUUUCAUUAUCAUGAUGCACCAGUCAUCAGCAGUAGUGGCGGCAAGCAAACAUCGAGCUAUGAGGCCGUCAACCUAUACAGUCCAAUGAACAUGAGCGCAUGUGAUGCUUCAUCCAAUUCAGAAGAGAAACAAGUAUAUAUGAACAUGGAGCCCACGGCCAGUAAGAGUCGAAUAACAGCUACCAGUUCUCUUGACGUUCCCACCAAUCACAAGCCUAACAAAGACAAACUAAGGGCCUCGUCUAGUCACGACGAAGGUUAUAUUAUGAUGGUUCCUAAGAUUGAGAAUAAAGAAAGAAGAAGAUUAAGUAAUUUUAAGAAACAGUCAAGUCGAGAGGAUCAGGGGUCAAGACCAGGGUCACGGUUAUCCCAGAAGUCUACCAGUACAGACUCUCAAGACUCCUACAUGUUUAUGAGUCCGACUCCAUCUGAAGGCCAAUCAAAAGAAAGCAAGUUGCAAGCAAAGGACAAAAAGUCUAGCAAAGAUGGAAAAACAUCCACAAAAAGCACACGUCCACCAAGGACCAAUGGAACAAGCCAAUCCCAAAGUAGGAACAAUGUUCUAUUGCGGUCAAAGCCUGUAAGUUCGGAUAAUCCACAGGAAGCUUAUGUUAACGUUGAUUUUGAUUCCCAGACAGAAAAAAUUGGUUCUCAUUCCAUAAAAAGAAACGAUAGUGAUGCUCGUUCACAGAAGUUUGAAGGUAACACUGGUGCCAAAAUUGGACACGGUUCUCUUGCUGUAACCGUGCAGUCUCCUAGUCUAGAUGAGAGUGACGUUUAUACAAUGAUGGCACCAGCUACACAGUUGCUUGAUAAGAAUAACGAAGACGGUGUUAACAAGGUCCGCAGUAGAAACGAUCUUUUGAAAAUGAAAGAACUUGAUAAAAAUGAAAAUGUACAAAUUGAGUAUAUGAAUAUUAAUUUUGGCGGAAAAAAUGAAAUUGACUGUAGACUUGGAGAAGGCGGACGUCCGUCUAGUCCCCACACUUUGGAUCCUUCUUCAGACUAUAUGAAUGUGGGGUUUCGAACUGUGAAAUCACAGAAAUCUCCCAUCGUACCAGUUUCGCCGAUUGUCGAUAGCCAUACGCUGGACUUAACAGACUGCAUUAAAAACAUGUCAUUCCCUUCCGGAGGGAUGCGAAACUUAGUUGAGAUGUCGCCUGGAAAUGGGAAAACAGCUGAGGGAUUAGGUCCCCCCUCACACAAUUCAUCUCGCCGGUCGAGUCAAACAUCGUUGCAAGAGGAACGGGAGCUUAACUACGUCGAUGUUGAUAUAAGCCAUAAUGAUUCAAAUCAACCGAGCGAUGACCAAAGGUCUCGCUCACCAUUUGCGCGUCGUUCUGAAAAUGAAAAACCGGAUCAGAGCAUUACGUAUGCAUCAAUUGAUUUCACAAAGUCGGAAGGACUAAGAUCAACACAGAACUUAAGGGAAAGCCGAUUCUAGGUCAAAAAAUUAUAUUACAGAAACUGAAGAAUUUAUAGUUAUAAAAAUGAAUUUUAUUCUUUUUGUUCCAAAUAUUUAUUAAUUAAAUAUCUGUUCUUAAAAAAAGAUUUUCUUGGAGCAUAAUUUGAAGAAUGAAUCUGAAGAAAUUAUUAAGAUUGUUUCUCUCAUUAAUGAAUUUAAAUUCCAGAGUCUUAUUUUAUAGUUAAAUUUUGAUCAGUGAAAAAAAAAUGUAAUGAAUUUACUGUGUAUGAAUUUAUAGGCUUUGGCCUUAUAAAGUAUUUAUUUAAUAUUAUAAUUGUUUUUUUUUUCUGAUUCACAUCCAACAGCAAGUACACUCACCAUUUACAAGCUGAAAUAAUGCUUUAUAAACCAAGGGUUUGUAUGAAGCUUAGGGGUUGAUUUUUUUUUAGUGAGAAACAAAUCUCAAAAGAGAGGGUCUGAACCCAGGAUCUUGGGAUUGGAAAGCAAGCAGCCUAACCACCAAGCUAUUUAGCUUCAGUACAUUGUUGUUAUUAUUAUUGAUAUUAUUAUUUAGUAUUACUGUCAUCAUCAAUAUUAUCAUUACUCCUAUUAAUAACAUCAUUGUUUUUUUUUAUAUUUGGUUUCACCUUUGUUUUUACAAUAUUUUGUAAUUAGUGAUUAUAAAUUUUAUAAUCAUCAAUAUUUUUUAUUGACAGUAUACAUGAUGGAACACUUUACCUUGUAAAUCUUGAUUUUAUUCUGAGACUAACCUGUCUUACAAGUUAACCGAUUGUUUCGGUUGUCAUUAUUACCUUUACUUUGUAAAAGCUAAUUUAUUAGUUUGAUAUUUUAUCCCAAGAAAAGAUUUUAACUAAACAAGCCAAUGAGUUCAUUUCACAUUUUUUCCAUCAUUACAUGCACUGCAUUGCAGCCAGUAACAGGUUAGAUAGCUCAGGGAUGUUAUAUUUUCAACAUGUAUACAAAGGAUGAAUACAAGCUCACAGAAACCGUCACAUGCUCAAGCCACUUUCAAAAUGUGCUACAUCAAAUCCAACCAUGUGACUGAGACACUAACUUACAAAAAGAAAGUUCAACCACUAUAAGUAUAAAUGCUGGAUUACCACAGCUAUGAUGUAGUAGACCUAUUAGACCAAUUAGAACAGGGCCAAGAAUAUACGUGUGUCUCAUAAACGCACAUGAGUUGCGUAUGUAUUACACUGUCUUGCUGAUUGACCUUAGCAACAAUAUCCAAGGGGCGGGGCUUAGCGGAAAAGGCUGUUGAGCCACCAGGGUGGAUCUAGAGGAGUGGCUUAACAGGCUGAGUUCCCCACUAACAUUUUCCUCAACACGUAUGCUGUUACUACUGUGAAAUAAUAACAUAGUAAUUUGGCCAAAAUUAAAACUUUUAUGUAAGUGGAGCCUGAGGUAGUUAUUGAUUCUUUUUGGUACUGUCCCUCCCAACAAAAAAUCCUUGAUUCUCUUUUGGUUACUGAAAGCAAAUGACUUCACCAAAAAAUUAGUGGAAAGAAAAAUAUGAAAGACUGUGAAAAUUGGGACGUGGGCUGUAGGCAAUGAAUGAAGGCAAUUAAAGAGAAUAUUAGAUUUAAUUAUCUGAUAAGAUAAUACAAGUUAGAUUCCGUACUUAAUUAAUUCCACAUAUUACCUUGAUAGAAUGUGAACGAGUUUGAAAUUACCAUGAUGAAGGAUAUCAUUGAUUAAAUGUCUGGAGGAAAGUUAA